AUGCAAUCCCCAACGCUGCCCGAUUCCAGCUUGGUCAACAAAGCUCCCUCCUCAAUCAACUUAUCCCCCACCAUCCCGAAACUUCCCAAGCAGAAAAACAGUGUCCAAAGCAUACCUAGCUCGCUUGGUGCUCAACAACUCAUCGAGAGAGAGAGGAUGGAAACUCUUGGAUUCAUUCAUGUCAAGACGUCCACCAACAAAACCAAGAAAAUGCAAUUAUUCCAACAUUCGGAUAUCCGAUUCGAUUGUAAUACAUGUACUCGUGCUGGUCGUAGAUGUCAAUUCCGAGUUUUUCAACCAGCAGAAGAAACUUUUCCACCACAAAUUGCUUUAGAUCAGGAAAGACUUUGUGGUCCUUAUCUACCCAAAGGUUGUGAUCAUUGUGGUGGAUCCAAUAUCAAUUGUACAAGACGCGCCUCAGCAAUAGGACUUCUCAUUUACGCCUAUGAUGGUAGUUUAGUUUUCAAAGACAAAGAGGGAAAAGAGAUAUCAUGGGAGAUAGUGACAGAUCAAAUGAUCCAAGCUCGUCAAGCUCGAAUUACCGCUCAACGUAAAAAGACACUACUCUUGAAGGUCAAGCCCCCUUUACCGAGAGUAGUUGUCAAAACAUCAGGAAAGAAGAGGGUUCGUACGAAUGAUUUAUCAUCUCUAUCUCUACGCUCUGGAGAGAAAUCUCUUACUCGGAAGAAGGCCGGACAUGGCUCGAGCGAUAUUGCAGUUGAAAGUAUGGUAACGGAUAAGAGAGGAUCGUUUAACGAUGGAUUUUCUUCAAAUUGGAACCACCAACAUCCUUACCCUACCCACUUGAAUAGAUCAAUUUCGCUUUCCCUAUCACCUCUCUCUUCAAGAUCAACAUCCCCUCAACCGAUAGAGACCACUGAUAUUUCAUCAUUCAACCCUGCAAGGAACGACGUUUUACAACCUUUAUCGAAUGCGAGCUUCCCUCCCGCCGGACCAUGUAACAUGCGUAUGGACACAAGUAUCGAUGAAUCUGUCGAAAAUCAUCGUCGUGCCUUACAACAUUAUUCACAAGCUUUCACCGGAUCAGUCAAUCAAGUUCUUUUCGAACUCACCCAAGCUCGACUCGGUCAAGCUUAUGCAGAACGACAAAAUCACCAGCUCAAAAUCCGAUGUGAUGAUUUAGAGAAAGAACGUCAACGACUUGAGGGGGAAUAUGAACGACUUAAUGAAGAAAAUUACAGAUUACGUCAAACAAGCAUGGAAGGGAUUGUCGAUUUAUAG